UGUAGCCCCUCUAAAUGCGGACCCCUAGCUGUUAUGAAAGAGGACUCGUCAGUGUUGCAUGCGUCGUGUUCAUGUCACGGUGAUUGUAGGGCAGGUGUACUCACUUACACAAAAUAAUAACUACCACGUACAGAAGUAUUGUGGAUUGUUCAACACCCAUACACAGUAUACUUGGACUACGUGGGGAUACCAGAUAACAAAUAGAUCUACUGUGAUUGCUGAUCGCGUAUCACCUCUCGUUGAUAGCAGAAAGCAGCGAACAAGGUCUCCGUUAGAUGUUUGUUCGUACAGAAUGAAGUUGACAGCUAUGGUGACAUCGUUGUAUGUGAUGUUGUUGUGUGGAUGUGGUGUCGGGGGUGUCAGUGACUAUGUGAGCAGACUGACCCUGGGCCUACAUCCCCUCCCCCAAAGUGAUAUGGCUCAAGGGCUGAGCGAGUCAAUGGAAACCCUUGGAAGGGCAGAUCGUACACAGGUUGCCAGAAUGAUUCAGGCCUCAGGGGUGCUGAAUACCCCACUGAUGGCGACAGCUAACGCUACGAUCUCCCCGAAGUGCGUCAACCAAACUGCCAAGGUUUUGGAAUCAUUGAUAGCAGGCGAACGAUGGGCGUUACAGAUGAUUGACGCAGCAGGGAAGCCAGGCAGCGGACUACUUCAGUUCCAACUCACCUUCUUGGGGUCAUACGACGAGUGUGUAGGGGUCAGGGCCAGCGAGACCAUCAGAAAUGUCACCAAAAAGAUCUUCAAAGGAAAAUACUGUAAAGCCAGCAUCCCACUCCAGCCAAAUGCCCCGGCUCCAGGUCCGACGAUGCCAUCAUUCUCCGACAUCACAAUUGGACUCUGCUUCCCGGACUCCUGUAAUGGGGAAGAUGUGACAUUGAUUCUUAAUGACAUGUUGGACCUGGUGCUUGAGCAGCUGAACGUCACCACACAGUUAAAGGUCAGGAGUACUGUGUGUCAGGAGGAGAACCUAGAGUGGGACACGAAAGCCAUCGCUGUCUUUGUGGUGGCGAUGCUGUUCGUUGUGCUGCUGGUUAUGGGCACAAUCUAUGACAUCGUGUUUAUCCAACUUCCACUCUGGUACAUGUUGUCUGCUGAGGAAAAGGGUUUAUUGAAUGGCACCAACACCCACACAUCACUGAACAUCAAGCAUAAACAAGAGGAGACAACUCCACUGCUAAAUGAGACAGGGAAACCAGAUUUCAGUCAGCCACAACCAAGUAUGUGUAGCAAGAUCCUGCUGUCCUUCUCUGUGUACACCAACGCCUCUAAGUUGCUGAGCACCAAACAGGCACCUGGAAGUCUGACCGCAGUCAAUGGCAUCCGCUUCCUCUCCAUUACUUGGGUGAUCUUGGGGCACACCUACGUGUUUGGUCUGUCGUCUAUGGGGAACUUCAUUAGCUUCUUCCCUGAAGUCAUCAAGCGCUUCACUUUCCAGGCCAUUGCCAAUGCUACAGUGUCUGUCGACUCCUUCUUCACUAUGAGUGGGCUGCUGGUGACUUACCUGGUGCUGAAGGAGAUGAGGCGGUCAGGCGGCAGGAUCAACUGGUUCAUGUUCUACUUCCACAGGUUCUGGAGACUGACCCCGCCGUACAUGUUGUUGUUGAUGGUGUAUGUCCCACUGUUCCCCUACAUCACUAACGGCCCUCUGUGGCCCCAGCAGGGGGUCGAGAUCAACCAGUGCCGGAACUCAUGGUGGACCAAUUUACUCUAUGUCAACAACCUGGUCAAGACGAAGGAGAUGUGCAUGGGCUGGUCCUGGUAUCUGGCCAAUGACAUGCAGUUUUACAUCUUGUCGCCGCUCAUAUUUGUGCCGCUGUUCUUUUCGGGCAUCCUGGGCACGAUCUCUGUGCUGGUGUUUCUCCUCGCAGUCUUCAUCACAUCUGGUGUCAUAUCCAGCGUGAAUAAAAUGUCCCCAUCUCUAACAGGAGGCUUCGGUGCACCGGCUGGAACUGACCCUAUGGCGUACUUCUUUGACUACUACAUCACACCAUAUUGCCGCAUGGGGCCGUACAUCAUCGGCAUGGUAACUGGCUACCUGUUGUACAAGACAGACUGCAAGAUCAGACUCAACAAGUGGCUUGUGAUAACGGGCUGGUGUGUAGCGACGGCGUCAGCUUUGGCCGUGCUGUACGGUCUGUAUGACGUCAACAGAGGUCACCCGGUCACCGUGGAAGUUGCAGCUUUCUACAACGCUGUGCAUCGGACAGUGUGGGGCGCCUGCCUGUGCUGGGUCAUCUUCGCAUGCGCUACAGGUUACGGAGGUUUUGUGAACACGUUGCUGUCGUGGCCUGCUUUCAUACCUCUGAGUCGCCUGACGUACUGCGCCUAUCUUGUCCACCCCAUCGUCAUGUACAUCUUCUUCAGCUCCCAGCAUGCACUUCUCAACAUUUCUGACAUCAACACGGUUAUCUGGUUUUUGGGCCUUCUUGUUCUCUCCUACAUGGCAGCCUUUGUCGUAUCCAUGGCGUUUGAGUCCCCGAUGAUGGGUUUGGAGAAGGCGUUCCUAAGGCGAGAGAAGAGCAGUUAAUGACAGCAGAUGUGUCACCAUGGAAACCAACCAUGGGUGAAACAUAACUAGAAGUUAUUUGUAAAUCUCAUUCUGUAGAAUUUGAUUGAAUCUGUUAUCUAUGAUGAUGUUAUCUAGCUUUAAAGUGACAAUGGUAAUUUGUUGAUUUUAUGGGUUCAAGACAAUAGUGCCUUCCAUGCCUGCAGCUCUUCUCUUGUCGGUGGACAAAUUUUCAGACAAUAACAGUUCCCUUGCAUUUCCAACAUGAAGUCUACAUGUGGUAUUGGCUGCACAACGUUUGGAAUUAACUUUGAAUGUUUUAAGUAGUCCAUCACGAUGACGACCAAGACUCUUGUAAAGCAGUAUCAUGUAUUGUCCCCGUAAUUACCUCUUUGUCUGUAUAACAUGAAACAGACCCUGUAUGGCAGGUAUGGCAGGUCAUUCAGCUUCAUGUGUUUGUUGGAUUUGGACCACCUUUGCUGAAUUUGGUUUUCACAAUCAUGCACGAAUAAUAGAGGCAUGAAAUUUCACAUAAUAUAUCAUGCAGACUCGUGUAGAAAGUUGUUAGCAUGUGAUUUGAUGACAAAAGGUCAAGGUCUUUUGGUAUGAACUAUAAGUAUACCUCAUAGCUGAGUAUUUAUGAUUGUAACAAAAGGUUUAGGUGACCUUCUGAAGGUCAAGGUCACUACAGGUAACAUGUCGAAAUAUGGCUCAAACUUCAGGGAUUUAGGUUUAUUUUAUGAUGUAUCAAGGCAUUUUCCAAUUUGGGAGGUUAAACUAUAACACUGUCAUGGUUGUGUCAAAUGUCAAGGUCACUUUAAAGAUCAUUCACUCAUGAAAUGGCUUGUAUAUAGUUCAUGCAAAAGUGUGGACUAAAUGGCAUUGAAACUUCAUACUCGUCAUUAGAAAUGUUCAGGUAUGGAGAUUGGUGAAGAUUGAAGAUCACUGCUUGCAUCUAAAACCCAUGGGACAAUGUUAACAUGAGUAUUUAUGAUAGGAAUAUGACCAAACUUGAGUUACAUUAUUGUUAGGGUGUAAUCAAAAGUGAUAUUGGAAUUUAACAUCCAUCCAAGGUCAAGAUCACAACAGAUCCUAAUGUUAACCAUGGCACAAAACUCAGGAAAACUGUUCAUCGGAAAACCAAAUUUGUAUUUUUCAUAAUAGAUUACAAAAACCUCAAGGUCAAGGUCAUGUCAAAUAUUAUGCAAACAGCUUUCUGAUCCAGGAGCAUGGUUUGUGUUCAAUAUGACAUGAUAGAUGAUGUAGUAUUUGAAAAUUGUCUUCAAAUAAUGGCAGGCCAGUACAGCCGAAUUUUAAGUUGAUCUUCAUAUUUUUAAAGAUGUCUCAUUUUUACACACUUAUGUAGUGAAAUCAUGGCGGUGUUUGGUGUGGUGAAAUAGUAGCAAGAUCUGGAUUGCAAGUACAAGAAAGUCAAGACGUAAAACUGUCAUGAUGUUUUCACCUAUUAUAAACGUGUACUUAAGGGAAACUUUUAAAUUGUAUUUAUUGGUUUUAGUUAACAUGUGCCAACCAAUAACCCGUCAUUAUAUCACUGUUUGAAGAAUUGUAUUUUAAUGUCAUCAGGGUCUCGUGAAAAAUUAUUGAAUUGUUAUUGAAUUUAUAUAUGUUGUGUUUGCAUCUGUCAGCAGAUGAAACAUUACUGUUUAACCAGGUAAUCUGUUUGAGUGUGGUAUUCCUUAACAUCAGCUUUUGUAGAAUGUCUGGCAGGCAUAUAUUAUUAUAUUUGUUUAGUCACAAAUGUACCGACACUAUUUCCUGUCAGUCAUAGUUGAUAAAAGUGAGCUUAUGCCGUGGCAAUCUCAAUCGCUAAACAAAGAUCUGAGGACAUCCCAUUAAGGGUCACGUCAGAGCGACCUUUCAUCCGACCAAUCAAAGCGUCGUUUACCAGAUCAUAAAAGUGACAGUCGGAAUGUGUUUUCUAAUCAUGCAACUUCGAAAACGUUAACACGGGGUAUUCUGUUAUGGACUGAUUCCGUCUCGCUUCCACGGGAUAAACAUCUGAAUGGAGGAGGGGUUGAUAUCGACUUCUGGUUAUUCGUUUCAAAGGUCGGUCAAAGUUUGCGAAAGGUCGUUCUGACGUGACCCGUAAUGGGAUGUCCUCAGAUCUUUGUUUUGCGGAAGCGAGAGCUUAGAUUCUGAUUUUAAUGAGAUUGAUGCCGUGGUGUAUUGUAUCUGUCUGGUUGUGUGAAUGAUCCCUUCUAUGGUGUCUCUAGGGGCGGUUUGGUAGCCUAGUGGUUAAAGCGUUUGCUCGCCACGCCGAAGACCCGGGUUCGUUUCCCGACAUGGGUACAAUGUGUGAAGCCCAUUUCUGGUGUCCCCCGCCGUGAUAUUGCUGGAAUAUGGCUAAAAGCGGCGUAAAACCAUACUCACUCACUCACUAUGGUGUCUCUAAAAUAUCUCACACCAUUCCUAUUGUAUCCCCUUAUAUACAUGGUCGCCAUUAUGUCUUAACAAUUCAGGUGAGUUCCACUGUUUUCUUUAUGACUCCAACGACAACGAUCCUACUAUUGCCGAAAAAAUGCUACCCCUUCACGUUGAAAACAAUGGCCUAUUGUAUCCUCUACAGCAGUGUGUGUAUAUACACCAGGACAUGAAACUUCUGGUUCUCAAUUGUAGGUUUAUGAUCAUUAUUGAUGGGAUAUGAAUCAAUAUUGUGCAAGGAUUGUUCUGCCAUGACAGAGUUGACAUCAAGGACAACCAUGGGAACAGGAGACGAUUGAUUGUAAAUACUUUUACGCUUCAUUUCAUUGAUUUCAUGGUAUACUUUUCAUGUUCCAUGAUGUGCCAUCAUCCAUAUGUCUCACCUCUGACCUGUCACCUCUGACCUCUUGACCUGUCACCUCUGAUCUGUCACCUCUUGACCUGUCACCUCUGACCUGUCACCUCUGAUUUGUCACCUCUUGACCUGUCACCUCUUGACCUGUCACCUCUGACCUGUCACCUCUUGACCUGUCACCUCUUGACCUGUCACCUCUGACCUGUCACCUCUUGACCCUGUCACCUCUGACCUGACAUCUCUGACCUGUUACCUCUGGGGUUGAGGUUGAUAGAAAGACAAACAGCAGAUUGCUUCUGUGUGAGGUAGUUGACCUUUUGCCUUGGUUCGGCCUAUCCAAAUCACGGCAGCUACCAUAUUUGGCAGGGUCAUUACUAACCCAUAACCUUUUAACAUGAUUAAUAUGAACUCUGUAUUGCAGAAUGUACAACCUCUUCUGUAUCUGAUAAUACACUUUUUUAUGAUUGCUGUUUUAUACCACUGUUGUGGUGGAGAUAUGUGAUUUUUUGUCUAUGUUUUAUGAUUUUAUAUAUGCGAGACUGAGUGAUAAGUGGGUUUUUCCCACUUGGUGUUGAAGUCCAGUUGUCCAUAUGAUAAUACAUGUACAUUUUACACUGAUAUACAAAUAACACAAAUCAGACUGUGAUCAAAUCUUCAGGCACAAGAAACAGUUGGUCAUGGAGGACAUUUAUAUUAUAACAGAGAAGCUAAUAAUUGUGCCAAAUAAUUGAUGUUUGUUUUGGGUCAUAUGUAUUUAAUCCUGUACCAAACAGAUCUGCCUGUUACUUUUUAUGCCCCCCUCAAAAUUAUGUCAAACUUCACAACUGCACUAUGUUUAUAUGCUUCCCGCCAACUCCAGCAAAGACUUCAACUGUGAAAGUGCAGCAUUCUUUCCCUGAAAAACAUGAGGGCGGUGGGGUGGCCUUAUGGUUAAACCGUUUGCUCAUUACACCGAAUACCUGGGUUUGAAUCCCCACAUUUGUACAAUGUGUGAAGCCCAUUUUCCGGUGUCCUCCGCCGUGAUAUUGAUGGAAUAUUGAUUGAAUAUUGCUAAAUGCGGCUUAAAAUUAUACUCACUCACUGAAAAACAUGAGAAAAUGUUCAUAUAGUCACAUUGCAGUAACAAAGUUUGUCAUUGGGUUUAUUUUAUUCGUUUUUUCUUUCAACAAUUGAAAUCUGUAAUUCAAAUUAUUGCAUUGGACAUAUUUCAUUUUGAUUUUUGUAAUUAGGUGAGACUUCUCAGUAUUGUACAUGUCAACUGUGGUCAGAUUGUUAUGUGAAAUAUAUUGGCUUUUAAUAUGUGUGCUGUGAUGAAAUACUUUCAGCCUGCCUCAAGGAGUGUACGGUGUAGAAAACAGGGCUCCCUGGCCACUUCUCAUGACAGUACCAUGUUUAUUUGUCUAUAUUUUGUCUCACAGGAUUGCUUUUUUCUCAUAAUUAUAAAUUUUCUCAUGACUAAAAUGCCAGGUUUUUGGGUAUUCAAAGAAUCUAUUUUUGCCUUAUUAAGAACUUUCUCCUCAAGAGCUUUCAAUAUAUUUAUACUUCUGCAGCUUCUCUCCACUCUCAGUUGUUUGUCUAUGACAGAAUCCUACAUGUCAUCACUCAACAGUGUGUGUCACAGUUCAGUGCUUUCCACACUGCAUUAUUAUUUUUGUAUGUAUACUUCUCAAUGUUUGAUAGGGACACAGUAAUUGCUUCAAUGUACAUAUAUCAGGUAACAACUAUUUUGUAUUCCCAGCGGUAGAAACUAACAUUUUUAGUCCAUUAAUCCUAAUAGUGACAACAUAUAGCAAAAUCCUUGAAAAUGGCAAAUUUCUACUUGUCCUUAUAACUAUUGGGUAUUUUGGCAAGGACUACAGGACUAGUGCCAAUUUCCAAUGCUGAUUCUUGAGGUGGGGGGGUGGCUAUGAUUUUCUUAUUGAGACAGUAUUUUUUUCAGCAUUUCAAGACAUUCGGUCUUCUCUGAAAGUAGGAGGUAGACAAGUCCUUAGGCGGCCAGGGGCUGUCUUCUAUCCCAGUGUUGGAAAUAGGCGCUGGUCUUGUAGUCCUUGCCAACCUACCCAAUAGUUAAGGUAUCAUUAGGACCAGUAGAAAUUUGUCAUUUUUAAGGGUUUUGCGAUAUGUUAUCAUUAUCAGGACUUGUGGACUAAAAGUGUUUCUACCACUGUAUCCAAAAACAUAACCUGUCGUUUGUAGCUAUUAAUUAUUCUGUACUUAGCUUAGGUCCAAUGUCUGUCUAGUAAUGAUGUGCUUACGGUUUUAAACUUUUCUGAUUUCACAAUAAAAAUAUUUUUCUUUUAAUA